AAUUAAAUUAGUUUUUAUUUGAUUUGUGACAUUUUUUCAACAAAAAAUUAAUUAUUUAAAUCAUUUUUAAACAACCAAAUUUCUUUUUAAUAUUAAUUUCAAAAUUGUAUUUUUUAUUUAAAAAAAUAUUAAUAAUUUUAAUAGAAAAUGAAUUAUCGCAAUGAUUUUUACUCAAAAGAAGCCACUCUUAUCAAUAACUCCAAGCGUGAAUUGGCCAAUGGAAUGGAAAAGGAUCCAAUACAUAAGCUAAGGCUUAUGUGUUUAGCUAAAGGUGCCACAGGAAUAUUAAGUCUAGCAAAAACCUUUCGUAAAAUGGAUCAAAACACCAACGGCUCUCUAAGCUUGGAAGAAUUUAUGGAUGGUAUACAGAAAUCAGGCCUAAAUUGCACUGAGGAUGAAAUUAAAACUCUAUUUAAUAGUUUUGAUAUCAACAAUGAUGGUUCUAUAAAUACCACUGAAUUUUUAACAAAAUUAAGGCCCUCCAUGGCUCAUAAUCGCUUGGAUAUCAUUAAUAAGGCCUUUGAAAAAAUUGACAGCAAUUGUGAUGGUAUCAUUACUGUAGAAGAUUUGAAAAAUGUUUAUUGUGUCCGUGAUCAUCCAAAAUAUUUGAGUGGAGAUUUAACCGAAACGGAAAUUCUGGAGCAAUUUUUGAAUAAUUUCGAUGGUGGCCAAGAAGGCAAGAACAAACAGGCCAAAGUAACUAAAGAGGAAUUUGUGAACUACUAUGCAACACUAAGUGCUUCCAUUGAUAAUGACGCUUAUUUCGAUUUGGUUAUGAGACGUGCUUACAAAUUGUAAAACUAAAAUUGUUAUUGUUUUUAAAUUCACAAAAUUUACUCCUGAUUAAUUAAAUGUUUCAUAUGACACCUUAAAUUAAAUAAGUAUUUUUUGUCGUAGUGGAAGUUA